AUGCCUGACGAGAAGGUCGACCCAUACAUGAGGGGUCGGCAGCUGAGGCGCAUUUACGAAAAGUACAAAGACCAAAACGGCGGCAAGACCGUCAAAAGCAUCAACGCCACCGAUCUUGCCUUGAUGGAGUACUGCCCCUUGUCUGAGAGUACUAAAGAUGAAAAGAGAUUCGUGACGGAAUGGGCCACGAAUGCUAGGUCAUUAGGCGGGGCGCUUGGUGCUUGGAGGAAGAGUAUGAGAGAGUUGGGCUACGUUGCCAGGCCGAUGGAGGAUGAUGCUGUACCAGCCAGCAAAGCCAAGCAGGACCAGGACAAGGACAAGGGCAAGAGCAAGGACGUGGAGAGUCUGGAACCUGUCCAAGAGCAGAAUGAGCCCAACUCGGCCGUGCCGGAUUCCCCUCGGGUUUCCGCAAACAUGUCACUUGUUCGCCCGCCGCCUGCUGUCAACCCCCCAGUCACUGAGGACGUGGUGGCAGAGAAGCUCGACCAUUCCCAGGUUCAGCUCAGUCCAGAUCGGCGCCCAGAUCCACCGGCACUCACUGAGAGUCGGCUGCAAGUCUCGCAUGCCAACGCGGCUAUAUAUCUUCCGUCGGCUCCUACCCCCGAGUCGAGGACCAUGACCAUCACCCCACAACAACGCCCAUCAAGCUCCGCACAGCCGCCAGCAUCCGUGUUGAGAGACCUUGCACAGCUCAGCCUCAAGCCAGAGGUCGAGGCCACCGUUGGGGACACAGAUUCUUCGCCACCCAAUGUCAUCCCUCGCAGAAAUGUUGGCUCUUCUCAUCCCGUGGAAGCUGGCGAGAUGGUGUAUCCCGACCAGGUAUCCAGAGCAAGUUCUACGGCCCAUGGUCUCUCUCAGCGUGAGGAGGAUGUUGAUCCAGCCCUCACCACCGAGGACGGGGCCAUUUUUACAGUAGAAGAUGGAGAUCUGUACCGAUUCUAUCAUGCACUUCGUCACGGUAUUGUUCCCAGGCCAGGGCCAACAAGCUGA